AUGAUGCUGGAGCGUAAAUCAGCGGCAUUCUCAAUAACUCAACUUCUUGCGCAUACGAGAACGUCUCCGUCGAGGAAUUUGGAUAGUGAUCGUAGUCCCGGUGAUAGCAUUCAUCAUAACGUCAGCAACAACAUUAUUGAUUGCAACUUCAAUAAUCUUCUCACCUGUCCAGAGCCGGUUGAUUCUAACUCUAAUAAGAGAUAUGAGGUGAGCACCGAAAAUGAUGACAUGGCAAUUGGAGGAUGCCUGAAAGGAGCGCAAAUUGCCGAUCAAAAUAAUACAGCCAAAGGCGAUCAACAUGAGUCGGCGGCUGAAGCUAGUGUACAGUUGCACGGAGAAAAGUUCGAUUGGACGGCUGAGGUGAAUGGAGAAAAAUUUUGCGACGACGGAAACAAAUUUCAUGGCGCUUAUCGUGCUGAAAGUCUUAAACACAAUCGAAGCCAUGCGUCGUCCGAUUGCUGUUCCACUGCAUCGUCCAAUUGCCAUCGUUGCCGAUGUUGUUUUGGCACAGUAACGGAGCGUAACUGUACGCUACCGUGUGAUCAUGCUCCAGUGGUGCAUCAUUCAUCAUCAGAUCGUGCCAAUCGCGACUGGGCAAGUUUAGCUGAGAACGGGGAUAGUGUCAAGAGUGGCACGGCUUCUACGAGUACUUCAUCCCCGACGCAUAAUCAGCAAGAUGAUAAUAGAAGUGAUAAGCGAUACAGCAGUUUACGCUUUGCAACUACAUCAGCGGCAGUGAGCAGUCGAAAUUGCCCGAGUCGAAACGGCAAACAAACAGCUCCAGUUGGGGACAUAGUGAAGUUCUCAGAACGAUGUCAAAUCGUCGGCAGAUAUGAGCUUUUGGGCAAGUUUGGGGAUGGAGAGAAGAUCACAGAACAGGGAGUCAGCAAUGAGAAGGGAGUUGGAUCGUUGAGUGGGCAAAUGGCGGGGAGUCGGGUAAAAGUUGAGAAUGAUUUGCAUUGCUAUGAGUUGAGCGGUGGUAGUAAUAACAACAGUAAAAAUGUUAUUAGUAUUGAGAAUAGUGAUACGAACAGUGUCAGUAAUAUGAGGGCAAAUGAUGACUUGCUCAAUGUAAGCAGUAAACGGAGUCCGGAUCUGAUCGGAGUCCCAACAGCACCGAAAAGUCGUCUUAUUCCGAGCCACUCUCCUUCCCCUUACUCACUGGUUUUUGCUGCGAAAUCGAAAGGAGGGCUACAGUCGCUAACAGAUGGUGAUUACGAUAACGACAAAUGUACUGUAAAUGGAACGAGGCACACUAAUAAUUCAACGAUCACUCCUGCUGGCUCGCUGCCGUCCGUUUCUAUCUCCAGCGCAGUUUCUGCCUCAGCAGCAGCAGCAGUUCUAACUCCAACCCCAGUCCCGUCCACAGCCCCAGGACCUGGGAGUUGUCUACCGAGUGCAGCUGAUACUUUGCCGUUUUGGUUGACUUGCGCAGCUGCAAGUUUUCCAUUCGAGCCAACUUUUUUGAUGGCACAGCGAUCAAUGUUUCCACAUCUAUGGGCGAGCACUGCAGCUGCAGCGAAUGCGGCUGAUGCAUUACGCUUGGUGACAGCUGCGGGUGGCACAAGCAAAUCGUAUCGGAGACGAAAGGCACGAACCGUAUUCUCUGAUCAACAGCUACAGGGAUUGGAGCGACGUUUCGAGACACAACGAUACCUUUCAACACCCGAACGUAUUGAACUCGCGAAUGCGUUGAAUUUGAGUGAAACUCAGGUGAAAACGUGGUUCCAAAAUCGUCGAAUGAAACACAAAAAAAUUGUUCGAAAGGAGCGUGAUGGUGAAGGGGCGUCGAGUGAGAACGCUAAUUCAACGUUGAACACCGAUAAUAUCAGUGAUGAUAACAACGCUGGCGAUUCCGAUGAAGAGGAUAUGAUGAUGGACCACGAUUUGGAUGAUUCGGAAAUUGAUUGA